AGAAGGCAGUCAGCUACGCUACAGUUCGGACGCAUUUCUCGUCCCAAUAGAAAAUUUCAUAAAAUUCAAUAUCAACUUCAAUUUACAUUUUUUUUUUUUGAGAAUUUCCCUUUUGCGUUGUUCAUAAAUUUUGGGUUUUCGGUGUGCAAAAUUGAUUGCAAUCAUGACUUCGAUUGAAUCGAAACGCGUGCAAUAUCGCAAGUAUCUGGAGCGAGCCGGCGUCAUUGAUGCCUUGAGCAAGGCGCUCAUCAAGUUGUACGAGGAACAGAACAAGCCCGAGGAUGCCAUACGCUUUGUGCGCAAAUUCAUGUGCGAGAGCUGCCCGGAUGAUGCCCAGUACGACCUCAUGAAGAACGAUCUGGAGGAGGCCAAGACGAGCAUAUCACGCCUGGAGCAGGAGCUAGAGCGGCUGCGUGGACAAAUCAAAAAGUCUCCCGAGGAGUACCAGGCGCUUACCCUGGCUGGCUACAAAUCCCUCACAGACGAUGAGGAGCAUGUUGGUUCGCUGCUGCGCAAGUACCUAACACCGGAGCUGGUGGAGGAGUACAUGCUGAUCACGACAUCGGCGCCAGUGGAUGCCUAUCUGUACGAUUGCGCCGUCUCGGGCUUUGAGCAUCACGACUCGUCGGUGGGCAUCUAUGCCGCGGAUCCCGAGAGCUACGAUGUCUUCUCAAAGAUCUUUGAUCCGAUUAUCAAGGACUACCACGCCCAGCAGGACAACGAGUCGGAUGUGCUGCAGAAGGACACCGACUGGGGCAAUGUGGAUGAGAUCGAGAACCUGGAUCCGGAGCGCAAGUACAUCAUCUCGGCGCGCAUUCGCAUCGCUCGCAACAUCGAGGGCUUCCCGUUCUUCCCCAAGCUGACGGAGAAGCAGUUCAUCGAGGUGGAGGAGAAGGUGCGUGCCGCCACCGAGACCAUGGAUGGGGAGCACAUCGGCUCCUACCUGACCCUGGGCGACAUCGAUGCCGAGACCCAGCAGGAGAUGGUGAAGCGUCACAUAAUGUUCCAUCGCGGCGACGCAUAUCUGACCACCGCCGGCUGCUAUCGCUUCUGGCCCACGGGCCGUGGUGUCUACCACAAUCCGGCUGCUACUUUCCUGAUCUGGGUCAACGAGGAGGAUCACUUGCGCAUCAUUUCAAUGGCCCCGUGCGGCGACUUGGGCGAUGUCUACAAUCGCCUGGUCAAUGGCCUGCAGGAGCUCGAGAAGACGCUGACCUUUGCGCGCAGCCCUCGCUAUGGCUUCCUCAGUGCCUGCCCCACUAAUCUGGGCACCACCCUGCGUGCCUCGGUGCACAUUCGCCUGCCGCUGCUGAGCAAGGACAACGAACGUUUGGUCGCUCUGGCCGAUGAGCUGCAACUGCAGAUACGCGGCACUGGCGGCGAGCACACAGCCAUCGAGGAUGGCGUCAUGGACAUAUCAAACAGACGUCGUCUCGGCUUCACCGAAUUCGAGCUGGUCAAGUCUCUGCAGGACGGCAUUGUGGCCCUAAUCAAUGCGGAGGAGGAGCUCGAGACAGCCGGACAGGAGGGUUAAAUAAUGUCACCCCCAGUCCCCCGAACACACACAAAACACGAAAGGAAAGCUGAACCCAAAAGUACACUCAACAAUGCAUCAUUUUUGGUCAAAUAAAUAAUUCUAAUAGUCCGGUAAGCA